AUGUACAACGCCGUCGAAGAAGAUGGCAAUACAAUGUUGGGUACAGCACUCAAUAGGCUAUUGAUACCGAUCAUGAUGAAUAGUGAGGACUUGAUGUCAAUCAAACAGAUCACUAUCAAACCUAAGCAUCAAUUGCUAUCGACCAUAAUCAAACUGUUUGGACAAGCUGUGAGAUUGAACAAUGAUAUCAUAGCUGGCUAUAUCAUUGAGAGAUGGAGACAUGCAAUAGAUGAGGUCAAGACAGAUGGUAUGGACGAGAUUGACAUGAUCCAUCUCGUAAGGAUUACAUUGUUUGAACAAGUCAUACUCUCGCAUGCUCUCAAGCCCUACGACAGUCUCAGUCAAUCAAUGAUCAGAGUGUUACUCAAACUGCCAUACGACAUGCUUCCAAAGCAUUGGCUAACAUCGAUGAACUCAUCGACAAGCCAUAGCCAUGCAGAAGUCGACCUGUACCUCGAGGUCACAUCAUAUAUUUAUCGACGACCAGCCACUGUUAUUGAGGAGUACAUAACAUCGUACUAUUGUCAAGUAUUCCACCAAUGUCAGACGCUCGUUAUCAAUCAAUUCCAGACAUACCUAAGCGAACCUCAAUCAAACUUGAGCAAGGAUAUUGCAGAGGAAAUGCUGAACUCGUCAAGUCGGCUAAGGCACAAUGACCUGUACUUGUUGGUCGUCCAGCACUUGGACUGGAGUUAUGGUGCUGUUGGCGCUGGCAGAGAGGAACAAGUCAUAUGCACAGGACUACGCACGACACCUCGACCUUUGACCGUGGACUCAAUCAAGUUGAUACAAUCUCGCAAACCACGUGGCACUCUAUUCACUGAGCUGAUCGUGAAUGGGAAUCACGUAUUCUUAGAGGCGAUCAAACACCUUCUGCCAGCCCUAAUCCAAGAUAUCGGUGUCUUUCUUGACUCCAACCUACUCUCCAAUGCUUUGGUGGAAGGACAUUAUGAAUGUGCACUCUUCAUCCUGGACAACAUCAUGACCCACCCAUUGAUUAAUUAUAAUUGGCCAGUUCAUUCGAUCGACAUGUCAAACGACCAGCAUAACUGGUGUCUGUUGAUUGAUCGUUUGCUCAACACUGAUCGCGUGGUACUCAUAUGGGAUUCAGUGUAUAGCUCGGUGAUCAGGUACAAGCGUAUGGAUGUGAUCAAGCGUAUUGAGCAAGCCAUAAGAGUCGCACACUUUACGAAUCUUACUGGACCACUCAACAUUGCGAUGAGUAUACAAUACAUCGAGGGCAUCAAGUCGGUCCUUCAAAGUGGCAGACACAUCCAAACCAACUAUCACUAUAGGUAUUUUAAGCUUCAACUCCUCGAUCAACUUCCUGAAGACGUGGUGGAGAUGAUCCUGUCGACUGCUUCACCAGGGUGCCUCUACAAUUGGCAAAAUACUCCUUCGUGUUGGAUAUCUUUGAAGCCAAGCACCAUCCGACUCAUGAUCAAGUAUGGACAUGAAGGUUGCAACAAUGAUGUAUUGUCAUACAAUGCCGCGGUGAAUGGACUACUCGAUGAAUUCAAAGAGUUGAAUAAGACAGGCAAUGCCUUCAUCAACAUGGGAGCACUGUGUAGGCGAGGAUCGGAUGUGGCCAGCAUGCUUGUACAUCACUUGGAGAAUUCAGGACCAUACUUUGACAUCACUCCAUUGUUGUUGCGAUCAUUGAUCAACUUUGGACAAGGAAACAAGGUCGAUGCACUCUUGGCCUCGCCUCAACAUUUGGAAAGAGUUGAUAGCACUGAUGGAUGGAGUCCUGCCCUGCCUGGAAUGUUGAUGCGCUCUGAUGUGAUCUCAUUCUUCAGUCUUAGAGUGAGAGCAAGAAGUCAUAUCCCGAUUGGUGCAAACAACAAUAGACUGUACCAUGAUGUCAGUGCGCUGAGUAGGGAGAUGAUCGAGUUCAUUUGGUCAAGAGUGGAGAUCAGACUCAAGCAAGACACAACAUUCAUUAAUGAAGUACUGACAUCAAGAGCUGGCGUUAACAAUGUCAUAUUGUACAGGGUAGUUUUGGACAGCUUGAUUGAUGACAAUCACUUCCAAACACCAUUCAUACAUGCUCCACGGACAGAUUGUGGUUCAUUCAAACACAAUGACAAUGAGUCAUCACUCCUUUGCAUGUUCACUUUAUGA